CAAAUAGUAAAAGAAAAAAGCUUAUUUAAGUUUCUCCAUAUAAUAGACAACAAUGACUGGUCUUUUUUUUUCUCUCUCGCGCCAAAUCUUGGCUUUUACUACCCAACUUCCAUUUUUUUCCUUUUAUCUUCAACCUUGAAUCAAACAAGAGGGACUCUGCUUUUCCCUCCUUUUCUUCUCUGUCCAUUUUUUUCUCUCUUUUUUUCCACUUUCUCAGCACACCCUUUUGCUUUCUACCUUCAGUUCACACUUCUCAAGACUCCAUAUUUUUCAUGUCCUAAAAAAUCACUGAUUUUGCUUGCCUACUCUGUUUCAGCAAUAUCAAAAUGGAAUCUGUGAGACCAGCUCCGGCUCCUAGUAAAAGCAGGUUAGCUAAGACAUUUCAGAGAGUAAUCCAUCGGAAAAACUCUUCAAAACCAUUUUCCAGUAAUGGGUUUUGCCUACUCAUACCUCAAGAAAAGCUUAGGUGUUGUGAGUCGCAGCACUUUGAUAAAGAAGAAAUUGAAGAGUGUAAAGAACAUACCAAAAACAGAGCUGUUAUGGAGGCUUUUGUUGCUAAGCUUUUUGCUACAAUUUCUUCUGUUAAAGCUGCGUAUGCUGAGCUUCAGCUGGCUCAGUUCCCUUAUGAUAGUGAAGCUAUUCAAGUUGCAGAUCAAGCUGUGGUGGAUGAACUCAAAGCUUUGUCUGAGCUUAAACAUAGUUAUAUCAAAAAACAAAUUGAUUCUUCACCACCCCAUGUAACUUUAAUGCUUGCUGAGAUUCAAGAACAGCAAUCUGUCAUGAAAACUUAUGAAAUCACCAUGAAGAAAAUGCAGGGAGAAAUUGAAUCUAAAGGGUACAACAUAUCUUCUCUACAAAAGGAGCUACAAGAAACCAUUCACAACAAUAGAUCACUCGAAAGAAAGCUCAACGCCAGUGGAUCAUUCUCCAUUCUUGACAAUGUCAAAUUUUCAGAUGUAAAUCCUAAAGAUUUCAUCAUGGUUUUACACUACGCCAUGAGAUCUAUCCGAAAUUUUGUCAAGUUCUUGAUUCGGGAAAUGGAGUCUGCAAAUUGGGACAUUGAUGCUGCUACGAAAUCUAUUCAAAAUGGUGUCACUUUCCACAAGAGUAAUCAUAGGGCUUUUGCGUUUGAGUCUUUUGUUUGCAGAGAGAUUUUCAGUGGGUUUAAUGAGCCAACUUUUUCUGUUCAGAAUGACGAUUCUUUAUUUGCCGGCGUGAUCCAACGCCGGAAUUUCUUCUUCGAUCAGUUCAAGAAGUUGAAAUCUGUGAAUGUUACUCCUUUUCUCAAGCAGAACCCUUCUUCUCUGUUUGGGAAAUUCUUGAAAGCCAAAUACCUUCAUUUAGUUCAUCCAAAAAUGGAGUUUUCCUUUUCCGGGAACUUAAACCAGAGGAAACUUGUAAACUCCGGCGAGUUCCCGGAAACAGAGUUCUUCAAAGUUUUCAGCGAGAUGGGUCGGCGCGUGUGGCUUUUACAUUGCUUAGCAUUCUCUUUCGAUCAACAAGUUAGCAUUUUUCAAGUUCGGAAAAACUCCAGAUUCUCAGAGGUCUACAUGGAAAGCAUCACAGACGAGAUAUUCUCCUUCGCCGGCGGCGAAUUCAAGGUGGCGUUCACGGUGGUUCCCGGUUUUAAAAUCGGUCAAACAGUAGUCCAAAGUCAGGUAUACUUAUCUCCGGUCACUCCUCCGUCCAAGCACUAAUGGGAAAUCAAGUAGAAAAUCACAUCCCCACUCGCUUAGAAUCACCACGCGCCGCCUCAAUCACAGUGGUAGAUCUCCUCUCUCCGGCCGCAGCAUGUACAUGGUUAUCAAACUUCCUUCAAUAAGAUGAGCUCAUCAGAAAACAGAUCACGGUGGCGCGUGAGGUAUACGCGGUACGGAUUAUAUGUUUUGAGAAUGUGAUGGGCCUUGGUCCAAAAGUAUUAAGUGGGCUUUUGGGCCCACAUAGUGAAAGUGGUUCAGGGCUGUGAAGUGGAUGAUUUGGAGUAUAGUGAAGAAAAGAUUGGGCGGUGAAGACAAAAGGCAAAGUAGGCUCAGUCAGGUAGUGGGCCCAAUAAGGCAUACGUCUUUGUUUUUCUUUGGUAUAUCACAAAAGUAGAAAGAGGGACCCUUUUAUAUCUGCAUUAAAAAAAAAAAAAGAAGAAGCUAAAAAUGUUGUUUAUUCCUCAAAUUGUACCUUAAAGAAUGACAGACAAUAUGCCUGCAACUUGCAUAUCAGAUUAUAUAAUGUGUAUAAACAAUUAGCUAAACUAUUACUUAAUAUAUACAUAGUAUAUAUAAUGAAUAUUAGCAUUGUGCAUGGUAUCUUCGCUUUGAA